AUGCUGUGCAAUGGAUUACGCUGUCAGAGGUGUUCUGAAACUGAAAAGGGCCACUUGUGUUCACUGUGGCACGGGAACUUUUGCCUUUCGACAAAGUAUUACACAUUGACAUUUUUAUUCGAGGAAUACAAAUGUUUGAGCCAAAUGCUCAUGCUGCACAGGUUAUCGUUCACAUUCCAGGUAUACAAGUGCGAUUUAGAAAAAAUUGCGCAUCGGUUGCUUAAUUAUGAUGGCUCGCAUUACCAACUUCAUGUGUAUGCAGUCAACCACUACGAAGGCCCAAUUGCCAACAUUAGCACAUGGCCGUAUGAGAUGGUAAACGCCACUAAUUUUUGGCUCGGUGACUUUCCGUCAAUGCAACGACUUAUGUAUCCUAAUGCUCCUUAUAUGGGUUGUGCGUAUACAACCAAGAGUAGGCACGGAAGGCCAUGGCUGAAAGUAGUCUGCGUUUUCGAGGAUAUGCGGCACCCGUGGGAUCCCUUUAUGCCAAAACCGUCUGGAAAGCCGUGCAAAACGGACAGCAAUUGCAGGAAAUUCGGUUGGAAUUUCGAAUGUGCUCGCCUAUAA